UCCGGCCGGCCGCAGUCCAGAGCCCGGGGCAGCCCCGCAGACUGGCGCGCGUGGAGUUGAGCACAACUUGAGCCUGUAGAAAACUGGGGACACCUCUGAGGAACCCGUGCCUUACUCUGGACCUGCAGCAUCAUGGUUUCCUAUCUCACAAGCUGUCUCAGUGCCCUGGGCACCCUCCUGCUGCUUGGUUCUCAGCUUGUCUGCCCGCAGCCCUCCACUGAACACAGAAAGGUCCCACAACGGAUGGCAGUGACCGAGGGAACCCCAGAGGACAGUGGCGGUGGCGCCCCAGGUGUGUGGGGCUCCUGGGGCCCCUGGUCUGCCUGUUCGCGCAGCUGCAGUGGUGGUGUGAUGGAACAAACACGGCCCUGCUUGCCCAGCUCCUACCGCGCUCGAGGAGGCUCCCGGCCCAAUGGUCCUGCACUGUCCAUCACUGGCCACGUUGUGUCAGCCGUACGGACCUCAGUACCGCUGCAUCGAAGCCAGGAGGACCAAAGAGCCCUGGCUGGCUCCAAUGUUAGCCGCCAAGGCCCCGCAGUGGUGCGAGGCAGCCGACACCCACAGGCCCGGGGCCGUGAACCCUCAGAGAGAAGGUAUGUGCACAUCUUGGUCCCUGUGUCUGUCCCUGCCUGGACAACAGCAGAGCCACUGCCUUGA